ACUUCAAGAUGCUCUUCGUGGACCAGAAGGAUGUGGUACACCUGGACAUCAGUAACGCGGCAGGUACCCCGUGGGGUCUAGGGCCACGCUUGCGUAGGCUCGGAGGCUGUGGCCGGGUCUGUGCCAUGCACGGCCCUCCUGACAUUGCCGAUGUGGCCCCUGCCCUCCUUGGUGGGGGGUAUCUUCGAGCUGUGGGCUGCACCAGACCUCCCAUAGGGGACCCAGGACGUAAGAGUGUGGGCACCGAGUUCCUUCCACCUUCGAGGGGCCUGUUUUGACGGAGACCUGGGUGGUAAGAGGAGAACUGACAGGAAGGACUCGCGGUAAGCUCUGGGCUGGAGUGUACCCAGGAUAGGCUCAUCAGGAGGGACAGAGAACAGGUGCACUCUUCCCAGCCCCUGGCCCCUUCCCAUGGUCGAGUCCGUCCUGCACCCCUACCCCUGUGCUGACCAUGAUGGGGAUGGCCAUGGCUGUAGCUCAGAGGGGUGUCAGGAGGACCUGGGGAUUGAGAGGGAGAACUGGUCUUGGAUUUGGCUCCUAACCCAGCAUGGCAGGACCUGCCAUGAGAAGGUUAGGGCGAGGUGGUGUUCCCCCAGUUUACAGAUAUGGAAACUGAGACCCAGAGGGGUCAGUGACUAGCUUGGAGGUCAGAUAAUUGUGACAGAGCCCUCGUGAGAGCCAGUGCUGACACCCUCUUGUUGGAGUGUCCUCCAGUGGUGGGGGGUGUGGUGGCUGAGCGGUAGAGAGUAUCCUCGGGGAGGGGGGGAUGCAUUCACACCACUGUCCUCUGUGCGGGGAGGGUGUUUACACUCUCAGUCCUCUGUUCACACCUUCUGUGCAGAGCGGGUGUUCACACUGUCUCUGUGCAGAGCGGGCGUUCACACUGUCUCUGCACAGCGGGCGUUCACACUGUCUCUGUGCAGAGCGGGCGUUCACACUGUCUCUGUGCAGAGCGGGCGUUCACACUGUGCACAGCGGGCGUUCACACUGUCUCUGUGCAGAGCGGGCGUUCACACUGUCUCUGCACAGCGGGCGUUCACACUGUCUCUGUGCAGGGGCGGGCAUUCACACUGUCUCUGUGGAGAGUGGGCGUUCAUACCCGUCCUCUGUGUUAAGUGAGCAUUCACACCUGCUGUCCUCCAUGCGGGGUGGCUGUCACCCCCUCUGCCCUCUGCGGGGGUACUUCAGAGGCUGUGGUCUGGGCUCCAGUACGGGGGAGGGGGCGCCGCUGGCCUGCCACUCUGCUUUCCACAGAUCCCGGUCCUGCUGCUGAGUGGGGUGGCUGGGCCGGCUGCCAGUGCCGGGUCUUGAGGCAGGUCCGUGGUGGCCGUCUGUGUCCUUGGCAGGCCUGGGUCAGGUGCUGGAGUUCAUGUACACGGCCAAGCUGAGCCUGAGCGCUGAGAACGUGGACGAUGUGCUGGCCGUGGCCGGCUUCCUGCAGAUGCAGGACAUCAUCGCAGCCUGCCAUGCCCUCAAGUCCCUUGCGGAGCCACACGCCAGCCCCGGGGAGAGCGCGGUGGCCUCGGCCACGGAAGGUCUGUCCUGUUCCAUCUCCAGGAGGAGACAAGAGAACCAAAGAGGAGAAGGCAGCUGCCCCCAUGCUGAGCGAGCUGGAGCCCGCCGGCAGCGGUCCCCCGAUGGGCCUGGGCAGGGAGCCCAAGGAGGAGCGCGGUGGCCAGGCCGAGACCACGGCCAGUGGGGCCGAGCAGACGGAGAAGGCUGACGCCCCCCGGGAGCCGCCCCCCGUAGAGCCCAAGCCGGACCCGACGAGUAGCAUGGCGGCCGCAGAGGCAGAGGCUGUGUUGUCAGAGAGCUCGGAGCAAGAAAUGGAGGUGGAGCCGGCCAGGAAAGGAGAAGAGCGGGAGGAGGAGGGUGCGGCCGAGGUCAAGGAAGAGGGGCCGCCGCUGGAGAAGGGGGAGGCCCCCGAGGAGAGCGAGGAGUCGGCCAGCACGGACUCGGGCCACGAGCUGGGCCCCGAGGCCCGGGGCCUGCGCUCCGGCACCUACGGCGACCGCACGGAGUCCAAGGCCUACGGCUCGGUCAUCCACAAGUGUGAGGACUGCGGGAAGGAGUUCACACACACCGGCAACUUCAAGCGGCACAUCCGCAUCCACACGGGCGAGAAGCCCUUCUCGUGCCGGGAGUGCAGCAAGGCCUUCUCGGAUCCGGCCGCCUGCAAGGCCCACGAGAAGACCCACAGCCCGCUGAAGCCGUACGGCUGCGAGGAGUGCGGCAAGAGCUACCGGCUCAUCAGCCUGCUGAACCUGCACAAGAAGCGGCACUCGGGCGAGGCGCGCUACCGCUGCGAGGACUGCGGCAAGCUCUUCACCACGUCGGGCAACCUGAAGCGCCACCAGCUGGUGCACAGCGGCGAGAAGCCCUACCAGUGCGACUACUGCGGCCGCUCCUUCUCCGACCCCACGUCCAAGAUGCGCCACCUGGAGACGCACGACACCGACAAGGAGCACAAGUGCCCGCACUGCGACAAGAAGUUCAAUCAGGUGGGGAAUCUGAAGGCUCACCUGAAGAUCCACAUCGCCGACGGGCCGCUCAAGUGCCGGGAGUGUGGGAAGCAGUUCACCACCUCAGGGAACCUGAAGCGGCACCUGCGGAUCCACAGCGGGGAGAAGCCGUACGUGUGCGUCCACUGCCAGAGGCAGUUCGCCGACCCCGGCGCCCUGCAGCGGCACGUCCGCAUCCACACGGGCGAGAAGCCGUGCCAGUGCGUGAUGUGCGGCAAGGCCUUCACCCAGGCCAGCUCCCUGAUCGCGCACGUGCGCCAGCACACGGGGGAGAAGCCCUACGUCUGCGAGCGCUGCGGCAAGAGAUUUGUCCAGUCCAGCCAGUUGGCCAAUCACAUUCGCCACCACGACAACAUUCGCCCUCACAAGUGCAGCGUGUGCAGCAAGGCCUUCGUGAACGUGGGGGACCUGUCCAAGCACAUCAUCAUCCACACCGGAGAGAAGCCUUACCUGUGUGACAAGUGCGGGCGUGGCUUCAACCGAGUGGACAACCUGCGUUCCCACGUGAAGACCGUGCACCAGGGCAAGGCGGGCAUCAAAAUCCUGGAGCCCGAGGAGGGGGGUGAGGUCAGUGUGGUCACCGUGGAUGACAUGGUCACGCUGGCCACCGAGGCACUGGCGGCAACGGCCGUCACUCAGCUCACAGUGGUACCAGUGGGGGCCGCGGUGACCGCCGAUGAGACGGAAGUCCUUAAGGCCGAGAUUAGCAAAGCUGUGAAGCAAGUACAGGAGGAAGACCCCAACACCCACAUCCUCUAUGCCUGCGACUCCUGUGGGGACAAGUUCCUGGAUGCAAACAGCCUGGCCCAGCACGUGCGGAUCCACACGGCCCAGGCACUGGUCAUGUUCCAGACGGACGCGGACUUCUACCAGCAGUACGGGCCGGGCAGCGCGUGGCCGGCUGGGCAGGUGCUGCAGGCUGGGGAGCUGGUCUUCCGCCCUCGGGAUGGGGCCGAUGGCCAGCCCGCUCUGGCAGAGACGCCCCCCACAGCCCCUGAAUGUCCGCCGCCUGCUGAGUGAGCAGGCAUCCCUCCUUGUGACUGUUUAUUUAAGGAUGGAUGGCACCCUGGAUCUGAGAGGGGUGGCCCCAUUCCCUAGAGAGAAUAAAUUUGAUUAUUUUCUAAUGCCGCCUAGAGCUCCCUGUGGGGGUGUGGGGGGAGCUGGCAGAGCUGUGGCCAAUGCCACGGAAGGGCUGCUCCACCCAGGGACCGGCCAGCACCGACCUGUUUCCCGGCCAAGCCAGGCUGUCCCUCCCGCAGAAUGGGACUGGUGACUCUGGACCCGUCUGGAAAAAGAACUGGCUUCCUUGUCCUGAGUCAGGGUCUGGGCAGCACGCUUGGGGCCGGAGAGACUGUGGCUCCACGCAGCCCGUCCCCUCAUCCGGUCUCCUCCUUGGGCUUCUCACCUGUUCAGCUUCAGGACCUGAGCUCCCCUCUCUGCCACGGAGCACAGCUGUGACCCUGCUGUGACCCAGUGGGGUUGGCUUACCAGGAUCCAGGCACCCCAGAGAGCCCAGCUCAGAAGCCCAUUCAGCCAGAGCAAGGUAGGCAGAGAGCCAGGCCCGCCAGGCCACGGGCCCAGAUCUGUCGGGCUUGGGGAAGCAGAAGGGCUUCACACUCACUUCACAGGAUCAAGGCCAAGCCCGUGCCCCACUCUCCUGGGAACAUUGAUUUGCCCUGAAUCAGCGGGAGUCUACGACCAGGCUGAGGGUCAGAAACGCAUGGCUAGGAGCUUUGAUGGGGGAGGUGGGGGACAGCCAGCAGGGGCCGUGGAACAGCUCAUCCUUAACCCUCUCGGCAGGGAGAGCGGAUGCCAUCUCUGCCCCUCCGGUUUGCUCUGAGCAGCUAUAAUCCCUCAGAGAGCCCCGUGAUUAUCUCAAGUGAGACCAUCAACU